AUGAGGCUCAAUUUUCAACUUCGGCUUCCGUCUCGACACCAUCGUCCGACUUCAGCGCCUCGUUCGCUCCCCCCUACCCGUGAUGAUUCCGGAAUCAAGCUUCGCACAUACACCCCCCGUACUCCCGGUAUCCGACACUUGCGCCGGCCAGUUAAUGACCACCUCUGGAAAGGGCGUCCGAUUCACCGUUUGACUUUUCCCAAACGUGGUCACGCCAAGGGUGGCCGUAACAACAGCGGCCGUGUCACAGUCCGCCAUCAUGGAGGUGGUCACAAGCGUCGGAUACGGAUGGUCGACUUUAUGCGAGCCGACCCGGGUCCGCACCUUGUGGAGCGGAUUGAGUAUGACCCAGGUCGGACCGCACAUAUUGCCCUCCUGAGAAGCAAAGAGACCACCAAGCUCAGUUAUAUCCUCGCCGCCGACGGCAUGCGAGCUGGCGACGUCGUGCAGAGCUACAUGUCCGGUAUCCCCGACGACUUGUGGCAGAGCAUGGGCGGAACGGUUGAUCCUGGUGUCCUAGCUGCGCGCACCGCAUGGCGUGGAAACUGCCUGCCUCUUCACAUGAUCCCCGUGGGCACGUUCAUCUUCAACGUUGGCCUCCGCCCUGGGAAGGGUGGCCAGCUGUGCCGAGGCGCCGGCACACAUGCCACUGUAGUUGCCAAGGGAAGCGACUCCCGCCAACAGGACAUCGAGUCUGAGCAGACCGAGGAUGAAGGAAAGAAGCCAUUUUCGUUGCAGGAAAAGCAAAAACAGGAGCGUCUGGCGCAACACAUCACUGUUCGCUUAUCAAGCGGCGAGAUUCGACUGAUUCACAAGGAUUGCUGUGCCACUAUCGGCGUUGCUAGCAAUCCCAACUACCACUACACUCAAUUGGGUAAGGCCGGUCGAUCCCGCUGGCUGAACAUUCGUCCCACCGUUCGUGGCCUCGCCAUGAACGCUAUGGACCACCCUCACGGUGGUGGUCGUGGCAAGUCCAAGGGUAACGUUGACCCGAAGAGUCCUUGGGGUAUUCCGACCAAGUCCGGCUACAAGACCCGGCCAAAGUGGAAGAUUAACAAGGCCGUUGUGCACCCUAGACCUCGCAACCAAGGCAAGCGCCGCCGUGGUUACAAUUAG